AUUCAACAGAUACUGUCAUUAAUAAACUUUGUCAUCUUAACUUUUAUACCCUCAAGUUUGGGGGUUGGAAACUGACGUGACACCAGCACGCAGCUGCCCCACGUCGGUCACAAGGUCCAAACGUCUGUGCGCUCCGCUUCCCUGCGUGGGCCAGGGCGUACCUCGCCUCCCCUUCUUUCAUUCUCCCAGCUCUCUGUAGUUCUCCGUGCGCUGUCCUGUGCUGCUCCCCUUUCCUCCCCUUCGGCCCUUUCCAUUCCGGAGGAUUCAUGCUCAGCUCUCGCCCUCCUCGGUCGCCAUGCAGAACAACCACCAAAAGGAGCAUCUCUAUAAGAUUCUUGUGAUAGGGGACCUCGGGGUCGGCAAGACCAGCAUCAUCAAGCGGUAUGUCCAUCACAACUUCAGCCCAAACUACCGAGCCACCAUCGGGGUGGACUUCGCUCUCAAAGUACUCAACUGGGACCAGGAGACGGUGCGCCUACAGUUGUGGGACAUUGCAGGUCAGGAGAGGUUUGGCAACAUGACCCGAGUGUAUUACCGUGAAGCCAUGGGCGCCUUCAUUGUGUUUGACGUCACAAGGCCUGCCUCCUUUGAGGCUGUCGUCAAAUGGAAGGAGGACUUGGAUUCCAAACUGACACUUGCCAAUGGGAAACAUGUAGCCACUGUGCUUUUGGCUAACAAAUGUGACCAGGGUCGGGAAGUACUGACCAAUAACGGAAUAAAGAUGGAGCAGUUCUGCCAGGAGAAUGGCUUUGCGGGAUGGUACGAGACGUCCGCUAAGGAAAACAUCAACAUUGAUGAAGCAGCAAACUGCUUGGUGAAACACAUCAUCGCCAGUGAGAAUGACAUGCUCGAGUCAGAGGUCCCAGACACCAUCACCCCCCAGUUAGAGAAGGACAAGGGCGGGACAUGCUCCUCAUGCUUCAGAGCCCAGUAACACCUCCUUUUUUUAUCCCACCACAACAACACAAAGUCUAGUUUGUCUGUGAGCAGGAGACCGAGGGAGAACUACUUCUGCUGUUUUUAUCCAAGCAUUUAUGGAUGCCAACUAUUUUCCUUUCUGGCCG